CCGAAAAGUAUGUUAUCUUUCAGUGAAUGCCAAGUGGAGGAAGAUGGCAACCUCUCCAAAAGAAUCCAUCUAGAAUUUGAACCAAACCAAAGCAAAGCAAGCAGAGGACCCAGAAGACACCUGUAUUCAGUAAAAAACAACACCCCCUCGUAUUUGUAGCUCCAAUUCCACCCACCUACUUGUUGCGAUACCAUUCUCUCUAGAAGUUCUUGGUGUUUCGUGUUUAUUCUUGAUUUGUUGUCUUCGUUGGUUAGCUUCUUUAAACUGGGGAGGGUUAUGAACUUAUCUGGGUUCGUCUUCACUUUCCUUCAACUUGUUCGAAGAAUGUACUCUCUCUGAUUCUAAGGCAGCCCAGCAUGGAUUUGGAGGGUGAAAUCCGUAGCCAGCCAAUCAAGAAGGACUCGUGGAAGACUCUUUUAACAUUGGCUUAUCAGAGCUUAGGUGUUGUCUAUGGAGAUUUAAGUACUUCUCCAUUAUAUGUAUACAAGAGCACUUUUGCUGAGGAUAUUACGCAUUCAGAUACGAAUGAGGAAAUAUAUGGGGUUUUGUCUUUUGUGUUCUGGACAAUUACGCUGGUGCCGCUGCUCAAGUACGUGUUUAUUGUGCUUAGAGCUGAUGAUAAUGGUGAAGGUGGGACUUUUGCUCUGUAUUCAUUGCUAUGCCGGCACGCCCGAGUCAGCGCAUUGCCCAAUUGCCAGCUUGCUGACGAGGAGCUAUCGGAGUACACAAAAGACGGAGUUGAAUCCAACGAUGGAAAUAUUGGGCGGAGACUAAAAUCGACAUUGGAGAAGCAUAAAGUGUUGCAAAGGUUACUGCUUGUUCUGGCUUUGAUUGGGACUUGUAUGGUUAUUGGGGAUGGGGUCCUUACACCAGCAAUUUCUGUGUUUUCGGCUGUGUCCGGGCUGGAGCUUUCCAUGUCAAAAGAGCACCACCGAUAUGUUGAAGUCCCAGUUGCUUGUAUCAUACUGGUAUUUUUGUUUGCUCUCCAACAUUACGGGACACAUCGGGUAGGGUUCCUCUUUGCACCUGUCGUGAUUACGUGGCUUUUAUGCAUCAGUGCUAUUGGUGUGUAUAAUAUCUUCCACUGGAAUCCCCAUGUUUAUCAAGCACUCUCUCCAUACUACAUGUACAAAUUUUUGAAGAAGACACAAAGGGGAGGGUGGAUGUCCUUGGGUGGGAUUCUUUUAUGUAUAACAGGCUCGGAAGCUAUGUUUGCUGAUCUUGGACAUUUUUCACAGUUGUCUAUUAAGAUUGCUUUCACUUGUAUGGUGUACCCAUCCUUAAUCCUAGCAUAUAUGGGACAAGCUGCUUAUCUUUCUAAGCAUCAUGCUAUUGAAAGUCACUAUCGGAUUGGAUUCUAUGUCUCAGUACCUGAGAAAAUAAGAUGGCCUGUUCUGGGAAUAGCCAUACUUGCAGCCGUGGUGGGAAGCCAAGCCAUCAUUACUGGGACUUUCUCUAUUAUCAAGCAGUGCUCUGCUUUGGGUUGCUUUCCAAGGGUCAAAAUUGUCCACACAUCAUCUAAAAUACAUGGACAAAUUUAUAUCCCGGAGAUCAAUUGGACCUUAAUGCUGUUAUGCCUGGCUGUUACCAUUGGCUUUAGGGACACAAAACGCAUGGGUAAUGCAGCAGGUUUGGCAGUUAUAACCGUUAUGCUGGUAACCACCUGCCUGAUGUCUCUAGUCAUAGUCCUUUGCUGGCACAGAAGCAUCUUCCUAGCCGUUUGCUUUAUAUUCUUCUUUGGCUCCAUUGAAGCACUCUACUUUUCAGCGUCCCUCAUCAAGUUCCGUGAAGGAGCAUGGGUCCCCAUUGCCCUCUCAUUUAUCUUCUUAAUUGUCAUGUAUGUUUGGCAUUAUGGCACACUCAAGAAAUAUGAGUUUGAUGUUCAAAAUAAGGUAUCCAUCAACUGGCUCCUCAGUCUUGGUCCCAGCCUUGGAAUUGUUCGGGUCAAGGGGAUUGGACUUAUACAUACAGAGCUAGUUUCUGGGAUCCCAGCUAUUUUCUCUCACUUUGUCACCAAUCUCCCAGCUUUCCACCAGGUUGUAGUAUUCCUCUGCAUCAAAUCUGUUCCAGUGCCACAUGUCAGGCCCGGCGAAAGGUUCUUGGUCGGAAGAGUUGGUCCAAGGGAGUAUCGGCUCUAUAGAUGCAUAGCACGGUAUGGCUAUCGUGAUGUUCGAAAAGAUGACAAUGAGCUUGAAAAAGAUCUUGUUUGUAGUAUUGCAGAAUUUAUCCGGUCAGAGGGACCGGCAUACGAUGUGGGAACAGAAGAUGUGGAGAAUGAUGAAAAGAUGACAGUUGUGGGGACUUCAUCAUCGAACGUUGAAGGUAUAAGAGUGUGUGAAGAUGAUGGAAACGUUGGAGAAAUGGCAGGUACUUCAGAGUUGAGGGAAAUUAACUCCCCAAAAAGGGUUAGGAAGAGAGUGAGAUUUGUUGUGCCAAAGAGUCCACAAAUUGAUAUAGAUGCACGUGAGGAGCUGCGGGAACUGAUGGACGCUAGGGAGGCAGGAAUGGCAUUUAUUAUGGGGCAUUCAUAUGUGAGAGCAAAGAAAGGGUCCAGUUUCAUGAAGAAAGUCGUGAUUAAUCUUGGCUAUGAUUUCUUGAGGAGAAACUUCAGAGAACCAACUUUUGCUUUGAACAUUCCUUAUGCAUCCACUCUAGAGGUCGGGAUGGUCUACCAUGUUUAACCACGAGUGUAGCUUUGUAUUUUGCGUUUUCAGCAUCUGUGUCAUUGUAAAUGGUGUAUCGAAGUUUCUUUUUGUUUUUCUCCUCUUUUUGAAUGCUUAUUCAAGAUGAAUUUACAGAGCAAACAGGCACAAAGUGCUUAUGGAGCUGAGGUUUGAUCUGCA